CGCGCCGAGUCCAGCGCCAAGAAGAGUCAGCCAUUCUGCUAUGGACAGCAAAUAGUUGCCACAGCAGAGUAGCAGCAGCAGCAGCAGCAUCCCCAGAGUUUAAGCGAAGCCAAAACCAUCCAAAACCUACUCCAGCAGAAGCCAUGUUGAGCCUGAAUCCACCGACCUACGCCUACAUGCGGGAUGGGCGCAAUCUCAGUCUGGCUGAGAGCGUGCCCGCCGAGAUCAUGCACAUGGUGGAUCCCUACUGGUACCAAUGGCCACCCCUGGAGCCCAUGUGGUUCGGCAUUAUCGGCUUUGUGAUUGCCAUCCUCGGCACCAUGUCGCUGGCGGGCAACUUCAUUGUGAUGUACAUUUUCACCUCGUCCAAGGGUCUGCGCACGCCCUCGAACAUGUUUGUGGUGAAUCUCGCCUUCUCGGACUUUAUGAUGAUGUUCACGAUGUUCCCACCGGUGGUGCUCAAUGGGUUCUACGGCACCUGGAUCAUGGGCCCCUUCCUGUGCGAACUGUACGGCCUGUUCGGAUCCCUCUUCGGCUGUGUCUCCAUCUGGUCGAUGACGCUCAUCGCCUACGACCGCUACUGUGUCAUUGUCAAGGGCAUGGCCAGGAAGCCACUAACAGCCACGGCAGCGGUGCUCCGCCUGAUGGUUGUGUGGACCAUCUGCGGCGCGUGGGCUCUCAUGCCGAUGUUCGGUUGGAACAGGUAUGUGCCCGAGGGCAAUAUGACAGCCUGCGGCACUGACUACUUCGCCAAGGACUGGUGGAAUCGCUCCUACAUCAUUGUCUACUCGCUGUGGGUGUAUCUCACACCACUGCUGACGAUUAUAUUCUCCUACUGGCACAUCAUGAAGGCGGUGGCUGCCCACGAGAAGGCUAUGCGGGAGCAGGCCAAGAAGAUGAAUGUGGCCUCUCUGCGCAACAGCGAGGCAGACAAGAGCAAGUCCAUUGAAAUAAAGCUGGCCAAGGUGGCGCUGACUACCAUUUCGCUGUGGUUCUUUGCCUGGACACCGUACACCAUCAUCAACUAUGCGGGCAUCUUCGAGUCCAUGCACCUGAGUCCACUCAGCACCAUUUGCGGAUCCGUUUUCGCCAAAGCCAAUGCCGUGUGCAAUCCCAUUGUCUACGGCUUGAGCCACCCGAAGUACAAGCAGGUGCUCAAGGAGAAGAUACCAUGCUUGGCCUGUGGCAAGGACGAGCUGCCCUCCGACUCCAGAACUCAGGCAACAACUGAGAUCAGCGAAUCUCAGGCAUAAGAAAAAUCAUUAAUCAAGAGACGACGACUGCAGCAGGAGCAGGCGAUAUAGGAAACUGGCGAUACAGGAACUGACACAGCUUUAGAGAUCUACAAACAUGGCCUAGACUUAAAACAAUUUUGCAAAUACUCGUAGACAACCCAAAGAAAACGAAACAAAAAACC